GUCGCAAUGAGCGGGUGUCGGAGCUGUACACGGCAAAGGAGCAAGCGCAGCGCGGCACGGCGAUCAAGGGCAUGCGGCAUCGGUACGCGGGAGCUGUCCAUCAGCACCAGAUCCCCCCAAAGCGAGCGAGUAGUCCGCAGAGCGGAGAGCCAGACGCGCCUGUUUUCAGCCUGCCGCCCCCGCCCUCCUCUCACCACCACCGAGACCGCACUCCGACCACCGACGCUCACCGCCAGAGCCUCCAGGAGCUCCCCUGCCUGAGCCAGCCCUCGCGGAGAGCGCCGCACGGCGGGGACACGCCACCUCCGGCGGGCUCCUGCGACACCGCCCGCAGACCCACGAACAGAGGCGGCGGCAGCGAAGCCAGCGCCGGGCAGCAGGAUCCCUGGGCCCCGGCCGGCUCGCAGCCUGUUUUUCCGAGCUGCCACUGCAGCUUUUCCACGCAGGAGGCGAACCAUUCACAAAACCAGCACCAUCGUGUCGAUACUCUCCCACCGCAGCCCUCCCCACCUUUCCCCCCACCCAUACCGCCGCCGCCGCCACCAGCCUCCUCCUCUCUUGUGUUUUCCCGGGAAUCUAAAAGAGGGGAACGUCUGGGAAGGAGUGCCAAUAAUUACCAACAGGCGAGCAUCGUGGAACGCUGCAGGGGAGGAGGAGGAGCAGGAGGGCAACGAGACCACAGGCAGUUGCAGCAGAAGCAGCAGCAGCAACACUGGCAUCCGAGACUCCCACAGAGGGACUCCUCCCCUGAAGGGAUCCGUGCAAACUCACAGAAAAGGAGCACUUUAUCAGCGAGUGGAUCGGCCGAGGCCAGCGGAAGACCGUUCGAGCAUCAGACGCAGGAGCUGCAGCAGCAACAGAUCCCGCAAUUAAGAGCUCAGCAGCAGCUACUGGUGGGGAGCAGCUUGCCUAUCAACUACUGCGCCAGCGGCUCUGGUGAGCUAUGUAGGACUCACCAGGCUCCACUGCUGCAACAACAGCGGCAGCGGCAGCGGCAGCGGCAGCAGCAACAGCAGCGGCAGCAGCAACAGCAGCAGCAGCAGCAGCAGCAGCAGCAGUGCACACCGGGACUCGUCCCCCAGCGGCCGCAGCACUGUGACCAAGACCGCAAUAAGUGUGCGAGAACCCCCGCGCAAGGCGACCUGCAGGCGCAGCCGCACAGCGCAACGCCCCCGGCAACACAGCACGCGUACGCGGCAAAGUCGAGCGCGACUGGCGGCAGCGGCAACAGCAGCAGCAGCAGCAGCAGCGGCCGCAGCAAAGAGAGCCCCAACUACGGCUCCAGCUAUCACCUGUGGCCGGAGAGCCCGCAUAAAGGAGAGGAGAGGAUACGCAUCGACCUCCAUAAGGCUACUACUGAGAAGAAGAAGCUGAGCCAUGCUGGAUCCAAGCCCUCCCUCUCCGAGAGCAGCCGCCGACUCCCUCAGAUAGCCAUGAACACCUGCAAGUACAAUGGCGGAGUGGUGAGACCACUAGUGGGCAGUCUGGCGUCCUCGUCGCGCCGCAACCUUGCGGAGCUUGACUCGGAAACGCAACCCCUGCAGACGCUGCACAGCUCGGGCCUGGAGGUGGUGGUGUCCAAGGGCAAUGGCGGCGAAGACCCCAGCAAGGCGUCCAAUGAGAGCUUGGUCAGGGAGGGCAGCGGGCGUGGUGGGGGAAGGGCGCCACAGAAGAAAAACAGGGACAUUGGCUACAAGCUCGGCCACCGGAGGGCGUUGUUUGAGAAGCGGAAGCGGCUCAGUGACUACGCGCUCAUCUUUGGAAUGUUUGGGAUUGUUGUCAUGGUGACGGAGACUGAACUCUCAUGGGGGGUUUACACUAAGGAAUCUUCAUAUUCAUUUGCACUGAAAUGCCUUAUCAGCCUCUCCACUGUUAUACUGCUUGGUCUUAUAAUAAUGUACCACGCACGGGAAAUCCAGCUGUUUAUGGUUGACAACGGUGCGGACGACUGGAGGAUAGCCAUGACCUAUGAGCGGAUCUUCUUCAUCGUUCUGGAGCUGCUGGUGUGUGCCAUCCAUCCCAUCCCCGGCCAGUACGUCUUCACGUGGAGGGCCCGGCUGGCCUUUACGUACACGCCGUCCGUGGCCGAUGCCGACGUGGACAUCAUUCUCUCCAUCCCCAUGUUCCUGAGACUCUACCUGAUCGGCAGGGUCAUGUUACUUCACAGCAAGCUGUUCACGGACGCGUCGUCUCGCAGCAUCGGCGCCCUCAACAAGAUCAACUUCAACACACGCUUUGUCAUGAAAACUCUCAUGACCAUCUGCCCGGGAACUGUUCUCCUAGUGUUCAGUAUUUCAUCCUGGAUCAUUGCUGCAUGGACUGUGCGCGUCUGUGAGAGGUAUCAUGACAAACAGGAAGUGACCAGUAACUUUCUGGGGGCCAUGUGGCUCAUCUCCAUUACCUUCCUCUCCAUUGGCUACGGGGACAUGGUACCGCACACGUACUGCGGGAAAGGCGUGUGUCUGCUUACAGGGAUUAUGGGAGCUGGCUGCACUGCACUUGUGGUUGCAGUGGUGGCCAGGAAGCUGGAGCUGACCAAGGCAGAGAAGCAUGUCCACAACUUCAUGAUGGAUACACAACUCUGCAAACGAGUGAAGAACACAGCUGCCAAUGUACUCAGGGAAACAUGGCUCAUCUACAAACACACCAAGUUGGUGAAGAAGAUUGAUCACGCCAAGGUGCGAAAACACCAACGCAAGUUUCUCCAAGCCAUUCACCAAGCUCAGAAACUGCGCAGUGUCAAGAUGGAGCAGAGGAAGCUCAACGAUCAGGCCAACACCUUGGUGGACCUGGCAAAGACCCAGAAUGUGAUGUACGACCUGGUGUCAGAGCUCCAGGAGCGCAGCGAGGAGCUGGACAAGCGCAUCGGCACAUUGGAGGACAAGCUGGACUCGGUGACAGGCAGCCUGCAGGCGCUGCCCUGCCUCAUUUCCCAAGCCAUAACCCAGCAGCAGCAGGACUUCCUGGACGGCUUCGUUCACCGCUUUCGGCCCGCGUCGCUAGCUUCAGAGCGCUCCGAACGCUCAGAGCGAUCCUGGACGUCCACCACCCGCAGGCGGCGCUCGCCCUCCACAGCACCACACACCUCCUCUGAUAGUGGAUAACCUCCGAAUCCAUCUAAUCCCUAGUCCAAUGAUGGACUGUUUAGGAGCCCAUAUGUUCACCUCUGACCCCCUCCUUGCCCUUCCCUCCCCUCGUGCCCUCCCAUAGCACCAAUGAAAACCAGUUUCUCUCCCCUGUGACUGAGCCUUUCAGCGCAGGAUUGGAUCAGCGCAACCGCAAAAAAAAAGAAAUGGAGACAAAAUACAAAUGCAUCCAAAAAUCCAAAAAGAAACAAAAGAUAAAGACUGAAAAGCCGAGAUAAAGUAGAGAUAUGGUUUAUGUUUUAGCCAUUGUAUGGCUGUUCAAGUUAGCUUUUUUGUAAAAGCCCUUAAAAUUUGACUGAGUUCAGGGUCGCUGGGGUGAGAGCUGGCUAUCACACCGGAGAGUCCUUAACCACGACGGGGAGGGUGGGAAUCAGUGUGGCACGGAAGACGUCAAGACUUUGGAUUUCCCUUUCAGAAGACUGGUGUCCUGGAUUCUUUCCUUUGGGUCAGGCAGGCAAACGCCGCGGGAGAGGCUCGGCGCUCCGAUCGGAGCUCAGUGUUUGGACUGCACCUGAAGGAGGGAUGCACCUAAAGGGGAUGCAUAUGGCAUUACUACUGGGUAGGAAAACUUUACACAAUUGCCAACUUCAAGGUUUCAGCUUCCUUGUUCUUACCAAGGGAAAAUGAGAGCGACUAUCUUUUUUAGUUACAUAUUGACAUGUGAUUUUUCAGUGCCUGAAUGUAUAAAUAGUAGAGGGUUAUUUAAUUACUAAUUUCAGAGCUUUUUUACGAUGUUAACAGUCUGAAUACAGCAUUGCAUUCCCUUUUCAGAUACAUUCCUCUCCAGAAAUCAAAAGAAAACGUCUUCAAAUGAUGCAUAACAUUGCCUCCAUUACGCAACAUGUUUUCAAAACCUUUUCUUUUCUAUUUAUACUAACACCGUGGGAAAAAAAAAAAGGAGAAUGUUCAGAGAGCGAGCGGAAAUAUGUUUUAUGUGUGUGUUUGUAUGAAAAUGAGUUGACUUUUAGCUCGAUGCUGCACACCCAUACACAACAAUGGAAAUAUGUAGUGUACCUAUCUCAGCACCACUAAUUAGAGCCUCCCUCCGCUCUCCAGAUUACGGCAUGUCUUGAGGGCGGCUAGUGUAAAUGGUCCAAAGUGAGAAGAAGAAGACGAAGAAAAAAACCCACCCUGCCCCCUUUGCAUGGUUCUGUGCAAAAAUGACAGUCGAACAUGAUGUUCCUUCAACGGCUUGCUGAAUUGAAAUGAUUUUGGGUUCUGAUUAUGUCCACUCUUUUGGUUUUUGUUUUUGUCGCCUUUCUUUAUUGGUUUUAUUUUUCUUUCACGGAAAUUUCCUUUUUAUAGCGCCUAGAGGAGUUGCAGUAAAUGUGAUUCUGUAAUGCAUUCCCUGUUUCAAAAAAAUAUGGAGGUGAACGAAAACUAUGAGUACACAAACAGUUCUAAAAGGACGCAAAUAAAAGUGCUGAAGAAACUUCAAUGGGUACAGGUUCCUCUCCUGUUUGAAAGGAAAUGCUUUCUUUGGUUAGCACGUAGGCCACACAGCCAGGAGACCCGAGUUCAGUUCCACCCUCCGGUUUCCUCCCACAUUCCAAAAACAUGCUAGGUUCAUUGGCCACUCCAAAUUGUCCAUAGGUAUGAAUGUGAGUGUGAAUGGUUGUUUGUCUAUACGUG